CCGCCUACUUCCUAGAGCUGCAAAGAGCAACCCCUAGCUCCAGCCGCACUUCACUAGCUUGUGGAAGAGGAGUGGAGUUCGUCGCGAACCAGGGGAUCACCUCUCAGAGAUAGAGGAGAAAAAGGAAACGAGGUCAAAUCCUUCACAAGCCAGCAUCUUGGACCAUGCUGCCAACUAGUUUCGCCACCCGCGGGGCCGCGGGGCCGGAGCCCCUGCUGCCGGCGGCUUCCCGCGCCGUGCUGUCGGAGUUCGUCGCCACCGCCGUGUUCGUCUUCGCCGCCGAAGGCUCCGUCUACGGCCUCUGGAAGAUGUACAAGGACACGGGCACGCUGGGGGGCCUGCUCGUGGUGGCGGUGGCGCACGCGCUCGCUCUGGCCGCGGCGGUGGCGCUGGCGAGCGACGCCUCCGGCGGGCACGUCAACCCGGCCGUCACGUUCGGCGUGCUCGUCGGCAGGCGCAUCUCCUUUGCGCGCGCCGUGCUCUACUGGGCGGCGCAGCUUCUCGGCGCCGUGCUCGCCGCCGCUCUCCUCAGGAUCAUCUCCGGCGGCGUGCGUCCCAUGGGGUUCACGCUCGGCCACGGCAUCCACGAGCGGCACGCGCUGCUGCUCGAGGUCGUCAUGACGUUCGGGCUCAUGUACACCGUGUACGCCACCGCCGUCGAUCGGAACCGCGGUGGCAACGUCGGCGCCAUCGCGCCCAUCGCCAUCGGCUUCGUCCUGGGCGCCAACAUCCUCGCCGGCGGCCCGUUCGACGGCGCGGCGAUGAACCCGGCGCGGGCGUUCGGCCCGGCGCUCGUCGGCUGGACCUGGCGCCACCACUGGGUCUACUGGGUCGGCCCGCUGAUCGGCGCCGGGCUGGCCGGCGCGCUGUACGAGUUUGUCAUGGCCGAGCAACCCGUGGAGCCGGCGGCCGCGGCCACCCGUGGGCUGCCCGUGCCCGCCGAAGAUUAUUGAGUUGCACUUGCUGUAACUAAUUACCACCUGCAUGCAAGCACAUGUUUCAUGCAGUACAUACUUGUUACGGAAAACGGAAAUAAAUUUGAGGGAGUCAGAGUCUGAUUCCAAGCCGGUUAGUAACGGCACUU